AGCAAAAUUGGAUUCACUUUGCAGAGCAUACAUCACCAAUCGAAAGAUUGAACUUCAAUUACAAUCAUACAAAGGAACACUCAAUUACCACAUGAGACCUCUAUUAGAGACGUUAUCCGUGAUGGAAUCACAAAUCAUGAACCAUCCUGCUGCGGACAAGAUGGAAGUGGUGUGUGUUUCCCAAAAGGAUCUAUUAAGAGCAUGUACGUAUUAUUACAGUGAAGAAGGAGGAGCUAAACGAGAAAAGCCAUCGGAACCCAUUGAUUGGAUCGAAAAGGUGUUACCGCAAAUGAAUCAUCAGGUGCUGAUCCGAUCUUCUGGGUGGUGGGAUUGUGGACGAGGCGAAUGUUAUGUGGUUGUGCAAGACAAGUUAAAUUGGAAACAAAUCGAUUUACAAGGAAAUGAAUUUGGGGAUCAUAUUUCGUUAGACAAGGCGACGGAUGUGGUGUCUUUUACGUAUCCUACCAUUGACAGUUGUAUUGAUCAUUUCUUGAUGGAUUGGGAAAGGAUGUUUAUGAUGGUCAAUAUCAGCCGACAGGCUUCUUCGGUUUGGUUUAAAAAAUACAAGGAUCAGUUGGAAUUUAGUCCUACCGAUUUGCAGGAAUUGUCGUUUGCGUAUGCUAAAGAUUUUACUUGUCGGAUCAAAUGGGUGGCACCAGGUCAGUCAAGACCGAGACAGUAUACCAUCGAGUUGGGCGUGACGGAUGAGUCGAACAAGGCCAAAUUAACUUCUCUACCCACACUUCAUUCGAGAAAUCCUCAUUGGAGAAUUGCAAACUUUUUGCGUGAUGUGCUGAACGAAAAGAGAGACUUGAUUUACUUUGUGCAGGUAGGAUAAUACAUAUUUUUCAUGUUUAAAAAAUGCGUAAACUAAACACAUAAAUAUAGAUCUUGUUUCAAACAUUACCCUUGAUGGCAUGUCUUGAACGUCUUGAGGUGGAGUGUGCUCAAGAAGGAGAUAUUGGCAAAGUAUCGAUUAUACCACGCGCUUAUGAUUCAGUGCGCAUCAUCUUUUCUGCCAUACAUGCAAUUGAUAUACGAUUUACAGAUAGAGAAUCCAUCUGUGUUUCGGACGCAGCAUACCAU